AUGGCGUUCGACAUAUCCGUGCUGUGGAAGGCCCCCGAGGUCAACUCCAUCACCAAAAAGGCCCGCAGCAUACCGGUGCUCAACCCCGUCAACGUCUAUGGACGAGUCUUUUUCUUCUCGUGGAUGGGCUUCAUGCUCGGCUUCUGGGCUUGGUACACGUUCCCUCCGCUGUUGACGGUCACCAUCAAACAGGACCUUCACCUCAGCCCGACCGAAGUCGCCAACUCCAACAUCAUCUCCCUCUGCGCGACGCUGCUCCUCCGCUUCGUCGCCGGCCCUCUCUGCGACAUGUUUGGCGCUCGCAAGGUCUUUGCCUCGCUUCUGCUCAUCGGCUGCCUGCCCAUCGGUCUCGCGCCCCUCGUCAAGUCCGCGGCCGGCCUGUACGUCUCCCGGUUCUUCAUCGGCGUCCUGGGCGCCACCUUUGUGCCCUGCCAGGUGCUGUGCACCGCCUGGUUCGACAAGAACGUCGUCGGCACGGCCAACGCCCUGGCUGGCGGCUGGGGCAACGCCGGCGGCGGCAUCACCUACUUCAUCAUGCCGGCCGUCUUCGACUCGCUCGUCGCCAGCCAGGGCAUGAGCCCGCACGAGGCCUGGCGCGUCACCUUCGUCGUGCCCCUCAUCUGUCUCAUCGCCUGCGGCACCGGCAUGUUCCUGCUCUGCCCCGACACUCCCGUCGGUAACUGGAACGAUCGGCACGAGAGCCUGGAGAAGAACCUGCAGGCUCUCGGGCUCAACGACGUCGGCGUCAUGACCCCUUCCGCCUCUGGCUCUGGCUCCCUCUCUGAACGCCCCUCGGACGAGGAAAAGGCCGAGUCGUCGGACGACGACCUCGAGAAGCGCAAGAUGUCGGCCGCGCAGGCCCUUGAGGCCGCCCGCGGCGAGACGGUGGCCAAGCCCACGUUCAAGGACGCCCUCGGCGUCAUCUUCUCGCUGCAGACGCUCUUCUUCGUCGCCACCUACUCGUGCUCCUUUGGCGGCGAGCUGGCCAUCAACUCGGUCCUCAGCUCCUACUACAAGGCCAACUUCCCGCACCUGGACCAGACCAAGGCCAGCAACUACGCCGCCAUCUUCGGGUUCCUCAACUUCGUCACGCGGCCCAUGGGCGGCGUCAUCGCCGACCUGCUCUACAACCGCUUCGGGCGCAACCUGUGGAUGAAGAAGGGCUGGAUCACGACCUGCGGCCUGCUCACCGGCGCGCUGCUCAUCGUCGUCGGGCGCGUCAACCCGUCGGAGAAGAACGGGCUCAACAUCGGCGUCAUGGUCGGCAUCGUGACCGUCGCCGCAAUCUUCCUCGAGGCCGGCAACGGCGCCAACUUUGCCCUCGUGCCGCACGUGCACCCGUCCGCCAACGGCAUCCUGUCGGGCGUCACCGGCGCGGGAGGCAACCUCGGCGGCGUCGUCUUCGCCAUCAUCUUCCGCUUCAUGGACAGCGGCAAGGGCUACGACAAGGGCCUGUGGAUCAUUGGCGUCGUCACCAUUGCGCUGAACCUGGCGGUGUGCUGGAUCCCGCCGCGGCCCAAGGGCCAGAUCGGCGGGCAGUGA